AUGUCGAAGCAUCACUGUCGCAUUUGUGGAAAGAUCUUUUGUGCGUCUUGUACCACUUUUAUAGAUGGCUCUAAGUUCAAUGUGCGCGAUAGGAUGCGUGUUUGUUCGCAAUGUGCGCAAUUGGCGGACAGGUAUGAGGAGUAUGCCACUAGUGAAGAAGAAGAAUCGGUUCUCGAUGACAGGAGUUCAUCACUGCGUCGAAGCAUUACUAGUUUGUCGUCUCCUGCAACUCCAAAGCCCAAACAACGAGCUCAGUUUGGUGAGAGGUCUCCUUCAUUGACUCCUGAAACUUCUACGACUCCAAUGCCACCUCCUCUGCUUACUAUUGCGACUACUAGAAAGGGUGAGGCGGUUGAAAUUGACAUUCCUCACUCAAAUUCCAUAAGUAGAAAGGGUAAAAGGCCGGGCCAUCAACACCAGCAUCAGCAUUUACAUCAUCAAGGAGCGCCUAAGCAAGGAACAGAAGCUAAUGUAGAAGGUUCAGAGUCUUCUGUAGGUGCAUUGGUAACUACACAUCCUUCUAAACAAGCUGAUGCCACUACAAAUGAGCCGUCUUCGCAUUUUGACCAACUUUCGCCUCUAAGUUUUACUGCUGUCGCAGCUAAUGCCGCGUCCUCCAUUUUUAACUUUACAAAUUCAUCAUUGGCCCGCAAUUCUGGCCCAUUUGGCACAACAUCUGCCUCUAAGAUCAAUUCGCCAGAAUCAACACCACGCCUUGAGCCUCCAAAUCGCACUCAAUUGAAUUCUUCGGCUCGAUUUCGAGGAAUAGGCAUUAAUACAGCAGCUGCAGAUGACGACGAUCCGUUUAUUCAACUUCGCAGACAAGCUCCAGAUGCGACAACUUUGUAUAGUAGUUCUUCAGAAGAAUCUAGCGACAGCGAGUUGGGUCCUGCUUCUUUCAUGAGUGGAAGACAGCUUACUUGGUCGUACCAGCCUCACGAUGCAGUGCAUCAGUCCAAACUCCCCGAUUCCAAGAGUGUUAUGCGUCGAUCUAGGCGCCAUAGGGCGUCAACAUUACAACGUCUAAGGCACAGACGUCUGAGUAGAAGUGGCAGAAUCAUCAGUGGUGCUUCAAUUGGAUCAGGUCUGCUGAAUAACAGUACUGUAACUGCUUCAGGCAGCUUUGGAAUUGGUGCAGAGGACUUCGAGUUCUUGGACGAUUUCCUCCGGGCUGGAGAGAAGCAUGGAAAACGGUUGCUCUUAGAACUCUUAACGGACAAAGAGAUGGAUGACAUCGAUAAAUGGACCUCAAUAUUAAUCAGAUGUCUCAAGAUAAUUGGAACGGUUUCUGUUGAAGUCAAUAACACAGCGAGAUUUGAUUUGUCCAACUAUCUGAAGAUAAAAAGGAUACCUGGUGGUUCCAUCGAUGAUACUGCUGUGAUUGAUGGUAUUGUUUUUUCUAAAAGUUUGCCUUUGAAGCAAAUGCCACAUGAAAUUAACAAUCCCAGAAUCAUGCUAAUUACUUUUCCCAUCGAGUACGAGCAGCAUCCAAAUCCAGGACCUCGGUUUUCAAGCUUGGAACCGAUCAUCGCUCAGCAGAAUGAGUAUUUGAAGAAGCUUGUGGCCAGAAUAUCUGCAUUGAGACCAAAUAUUGUGCUCACCACUUCCACAGUUAAUGGCUAUGCUUUGAGGCUUCUUUCUGAGGGAGGUAUUGCUGUGGCUACGGAGAUGAAAGUUCAAGUUUUAGAAAGAGUGUCAAGGAUGACCAAGAGCGAUGUCAUCACGUCGAUAGACAAAUUGGCCCUUCAGCCGAAACUUGGAAGAUGUGGGAAAUUUGAGACACGUUCAUAUCUCCAUGAGAAGGUGAUCCGAACUUAUUUCUACUUUACUGGUUGUAUCGCAUCGCUUGGAUUCUCAGUGGUUUUGCGUGGAAGCACUAAAGAGGCACUUGGUAAAGUUAAGGAGUGUGCCUCAUUAAUGGCAUACGUGCUUUUCAACGUGAAACUUGAAUCCGGAUUAAUGAGAGACCAAUGCCUUCAGGCCCCUGAUUAUGAACCCAAAGGUAUUACUUCAGCAUUGUAUUCAAUUGAGAUCAAUUCUUAUAAUGACGUUUUUGAGUUGUCCGAGAAGAGGAUACUUUCUUCUUCUCCAUGGGUCUCGUUUAAUGCUCCGAGGUUACUUUUAGACUUGAAGAAUAUUGAGGAUCAGCUGGCAAAAAAUGGGCAAGUAUUUGAAGAGUUCGAGAAGAAGUAUGAAUCGGUUAUAGGAGAUGAAGGUUUGAAUGAUGCAAGUCGCCAGUCUGCCUUGCAAAAAUAUCUUGAUUUUUACCAGAUCAGUGAGACUGUUCAGCAGCUUCCGGAAGGUUUUGAUGAUGUCUUCAAACUGGUGGGGACUCAUCACAGCUGUCAGCAGGAGCGCUUGAACUUCGACUUAUCUACAGCCGCGAAGCAGUGGGAUCAAUUCUGGUCCACCCGAAAGCUUGGGUACUUCGACGCCAAUUAUCACCAAAACAUUGUCACUCUGUUUAGCAUGGUUUCGUCAAAGAAUGCGACUCCUUGUAUUGGUCCAGAAAUCCAGUUGACCGAUUUCUAUUGGGAAAAUGAUUUCUCUCUUGGCCAAUUUAUUGAGCAUACCUGCAUUCAUGCGAACGAUAUCUGCACGGAGGGCUGUGGAUUGACGUUGGAGGAGCAUUAUAGAACAUACGUUCAUGGAAGCGGUAAAGUAGAUGUUAUUCUGGAAGAUAACCCACACCCUGCUCAAGAUAUAAUAAUGUCGUGGAGCUUCUGCAAGAUCUGCCAUAAUGCUACGGCUGUACUACCCUUAAGCGAUAAUGCCUGGAAGUACUCUUUUGGUAAGUACCUCGAGCUUUCUUUCUGGUGCCGUCACACCAAGGUAAAGGGCUCUUCUUGCGAACACGAUUUCUACGAAAAUCAAAUCCACUACUUCAGCUUUCGUGGACUGGCUAUGCGGAUAGAGUAUUCGAAUAUCGAUACAUUGGGAUUAGUCCCUCCUAAAUUUCGGCUGUUCUGGAAUCCAAAAUAUGAUGUUACAAUCAAAUUAUUAUCCUAUAAGAUGGUUCAUAAGAAGUCUAGAGAUUUUUUUGAUAGCGUUAGAGGUAGACUUAACAGAGUUAAGCUUGAUAGCAUGACUACGGAGAAGGUUCAAGUUGGUCAGAAGAGGAUUGCCGAGCUGAAAGAAAGAGUGGACAAAGAGCAGGCUGAUAUCGAGCUCCUUUGCAAGCAUAUAUAUUCAACCACAGAUGUGACAAACCAUAUAAAUUUGAAUGUGGUGAUUCGAGAAGUUCAAGAAUUGUCCAGUGAUUGGAACACAGAGUUUCUGGAGUUCGCAAAGCAAUUUUUACCGUCUGAGAAUGAUGUCCGAACGAUAACUGCUUUUCAGCUUGACAGAUUAUUUCGAUCUGUGUCUGAUGAGAAGAGGGAUGAAAAGGAUGUAGAGGGGGAAAUGCAAAAGGAGGAGAAAGAGAAGAAAGUCGACGAAAUGGGAAAGGAGCUUGAUGAGAAAAGAGAGGUGGCCGAUCCAUCGACAAGAAAGAAGAGCGACUCCAUUUUAGAGAAGAAGUACUUCUGGGAAAGUCGGAGCAAUUCUGUGGAUCAAGAUGGCAAAUCUGUUAGAGCUAAAGAGCCGGAUUUACCUGACUUGGAGUUUAGUUCAGGAAAGGUGAAGAAGUUGGCCGAGUUCUUUGAUGCCCAGGAAUAUUUCCGGCAAAGAGAUCUGGAGAAGAGGAGAAUGGAUAAUGCCAACAGAUAUAUGCCUAAGGUUAUCACUUCCAAGCCAAGGGUUGAAGUUUACAAGGAUGUUAAUGAUGCUGUUCAAGCAGAAGCCAGUAGAAGUGGUGCCAAUAAACAGGUAUCAAAAGGUUUCAAGGAGGCUGGCAUCGAGGGAAAUUCUCACAGCGCUGUAGGUUCGGAGAGGGUCAAAGAGUCAGAAGAAGAUGCUCAAAAGGUAGAAAUUGUUCAACCGGAGAAAAUAUCGCUUCUUAAAUCGCUUACACAUUUCUGGGAAGACAGAUCUGCGUCUCUUUGGGAGCCAUUGACGUAUCCACUUGAUUUAUCCGAACAUAUCUUUGUAGAUUCAGAUGUGAUUGUUCGAGAAGACGAGCCAAGCUCGAUUAUUGCAUUUUGUCUCAGUACCUCUGAUUAUAGCUCAAAGCUCUGCAGUGCAUUAGGAACUAAUAGGGAGGGGGUGGAAGGGACCAAGCAUGAAGAAGAAGAAGACGAUGAUGAUGAAAACAAAGAAGACGAAAACAAAGAAAAUGGAGAAAAGGAAAUCAAGAUGACAGGGUCUCACGAUUCUGUCGGUUCAUUAGGCCCUCCAGAGACAAUUGAACCACAAGUAACGCAACAAAAGACUGCGGAACCUUCAGAAUCGACAGAGAGAAGUUCAAAAGCUUCUAGGAGUUCACAAUCGUAUCUGACGCUGGAAUCGAUUAUGCUUAAAAAAGGAUUCCACUUGAAGUAUCAAUUCGAAGAAGGAUAUUCGACAAUUUCAUGCAAGAUCUUUUUUGCAGAGCAGUUCGAGGCUUUCAGAAGACAAUGUGGAGUAAGCAGUAACUUUCUUCAGAGUUUGUCUAGAUGCGUGAAGUGGAAUUCGACAGGGGGUAAGAGUGGAUCGGCAUUUUUAAAGACUUUGGAUGGGCGAUUCAUUAUUAAAGAACUCAGCAAGACAGAAUUGGAGGCAUUUGUUCAGUUUGCGCCAAGCUACUUCGAGUACUUUGCGCAAGCGCUGUUCCACAACUUGCCCACAGUAUUGGUUAAGAUUUUUGGAUUCUAUCAGAUCCAGGUGAAGAGUAUGUUGCCGGGGGGGAGAUCAUAUACCAUUGACGUAUUGAUUAUGGAGAAUUUAUUCUAUGAUCGGAAAAUGAGCCGGAUAUUUGAUUUGAAGGGUUCUAUGAGGAAUAGGCACGUCGAACAGACAGGUAGAGAAAACGAAGUGUUGUUGGACGAGAAUAUGGUGGAGUAUAUCUACGAAUCACCGUUAUUUGUUCGAGAAAAUGCGAAAAGAUUGCUCAGAGCGUCACUAUGGAACGAUACAUUAUUUUUAGCAAAGAUGAACGUAAUGGAUUAUUCGCUGGUGGUUGGAAUCGACUCGGAUAAUAAAGAAUUGGUGGUUGGAAUCAUCGACUGUAUCAGAACGUUUACCUGGGACAAAAAGUUGGAGAGUUGGGUUAAGGAGAAGGGACUAGUCGGAAGCAGUGGAGUCGGAAAGGAGCCUACGGUGAUUACACCCAAGCAGUACAAGAACCGUUUUAGAGAGGCCAUGGAGAGCUAUAUAUUAAUGGCACCUGGUCCUUAUUACCAGGGAACUACGUAG